UCCCUGGCGCUGGCCCUGAACGGCCAGCUCUGGGAGGUGUGCGAGCUGUGCUACAUCCUGGCGCUGGCGCGGCAGCACGCCAGGCGGGCCCAGCUGACGCCGGGCGAGCGAGCGUUGCUGCUGGAGCAGGCGCCCCACUUGACGGCGCUCCUGGCGGCGCUGGCAGGGCUGGCGGACGAGGCCGAGGCGCAGCGACGGCGGGCCGCGGGCGUGGCCACGCCCAAGGGGGCGCGGGAGCCGCGGCAGGUGGCCCCGGCGCAGGGGCUGCUGCGCUACCCCCCCUCGGCGCUGCCGCUCCCCCUGGCGGCGGAGGCGCUGCGCUGCUGCCUGGGGCCCCCCCGCUGGAGACUGCGGCUGGAGCGUUGCCAGGCCCGCCUGCCGCCGCGCCGGGAGGCGAUGCGCCUGGGGCGCCACCCGGCGCCGUGGCUGGGGCUGGCGCGGCCCUUGUGGGGGCCCUGGCGGCGCUGCCUGCUCCAGGAGAAGGGUGGCGGCGUGGCGGCCGCUGCAGGGCCGGCGCCCGCCGGCGGUGGCGCCGUGGCGCUGGCGCGGCUGGUGGACGGCCCCUGGAUUGGUUCGCCGGCCCUGCAGCUCGACGCCUUCACGGCCGGCACGGUGCUGGAGACGCCCACGCACGUCGUGGAGGCGGGCGCGUCGGGCCCUGGCGGGAUCUACCUCUCCGUGAGCUUCCGGGGCGCCUCGUUGCCGGCCCACGCCCUGGAGCUGGACCUGAGCUUCCCCGCCCCCGGCGCUGGGCAGCCAGGGGCCCUGCACUUUUGCGCGGGCGGCGCCGCGGCCUGCAGGGCCCCGCGGCUGGUCGGGCGCGGCGAACGGCGCGCCGACUGGCUGCGCCUGCGGUCGGCUCGGAGCUUGGUCGAGCCGUGGGUUCGGCUGACCUUCCGCCGCCUCGCGGGGGCUGCGGUUGGGUUCGCGGCGGCCGCGGCUCCUGCGGGGGCGGCCGGGGCUCGCCCGCUGGUGGCUGGCCGACGCCGUCACGAGCAGUCGCGAAGCGAUGGCGAGGAGCGGGCCGGCGGCGACCAGCUGGAUUUUCGCGUCGCCCCCUCCCGCGGCAACGCCAUUCUGGCGGUGGCCGACGGGCGCCCAGGCACGCUGCACAACGAAGCGAUUGCCCAGAUCGCGCGUGUCAUGGGCCUGCGGGAGGGGGCGGACGGACAGGGGGUGCGUCCUCGCAUCAGGGGCCGCCUCCAGGCCUUGGUCUUCGGCCACCACCCGUUCCACUCGGUCGGGGAGCGGACGGUGCGCGACCUCCAGACGCUGGCCGCAGCGAUGGACCUGCUCGAGGAUGGCUCGCUGGCGUCGGUCGCGGACACGCUGAUGCAGCGGUUCAGGGCGCUGGAGAUGGCGCUGAACGACGGCAGCUGGUGCAUCGCCAACGAGCUGGAGGCGGUCAAGGGCAUCCGCCCGACGCCCGCCUCCCGCGACGAGCAGGAGUCGGCGCGGAGGUCAGCUACGCUGCGGCGGCGGCUGGAGGAGGUCCGCGCCAGGGGCAGCCCCCGGCCGCUGACCCGAGGAGACGGCGGCUGCGGAGCCGCCCCGAGGGCCCUCUCCAGGGCGGAGCCGUGGGCGCGGGAGCGACCCCGCUCGCCGCGGUCGGGCCUUCUUCGCGACGAGGCGCGGCCCGCCCCGGCGGGGCCGCGGCGGCCGCGGGCCAGGCUGCCAGCGGGCCGGAGGGCCCCGCAGCCGCUCGCGAGGCCUCGAGGCCGGGAGGCGGCGCGCGCGGGGGCAGCUUGGCCAGAGGCGGGCGCCCCCCUGGCGGUGCUCUUCCGCACGUGGCAGGAGAAGGCUAGGGCUGCUGCCGAGCCCUCCCGCCGCCCGCUGGACGCGGGCCCGAUCUUCGAGGAGCUGAUGCGAGAGUUCCCAGGGUCGCUUGGGGUCUACGUGGUCAAGUUCACGCACAGCGGGCAUCGGCCAACUAGACGGGGGCGGCUGCAGCGUGAUUUGCAACCGCUACCCUGUCCCGAUCUUGAAGCUUCGGACUUCACAGUGGAGGAGAAGAUUGACCCAGGCGACCUGGCCUCGCUGCAGUCUCGCUCGAGGGUAAUCGUGAUGGCUAUGUACUGGGAGGCCGGCUACCGCCACCUGAAGUGGGCCGUCGUCUGCGGGCUGGAGCCGAAUGCGGCCCAGCGCUCGGCUCUCCUCGGGAUCGCGCGGCUGAUCUACUCGAGCGUCGCGCUCGAGCCCGCCAUGGCCGGGACCCUCGACUGGUCCGAGAAGCUGAAGGACCGGGCCAUCGCGCACGACGGCUCGGAGGUCUCCACGCCGAGCAAGAUCACGCUCGAGCAGAUCGAGGGCGGCUUGCCGCCUGCGGGGGUAGCCGCCUCCAUCGAGGCCGCAGAUCUCGCCGCGGACUUCGUGUGGGCGGCGCUGCUGGACCCCGCCCUGGUCCUCCUACCGCCGGCGCAGAGGCGCCCCGCGCCGACCUCGGCGCGCGUCCGGGCGACGGCGCAGGAGUGGGAGCAGGUGGUGAGCGCCCUGCUUGCUCGAGGGGUGGUCGCCCCGUUCGACGAGGGCGAGAUCGCGACCAGAGACGGGGUCCAUUUGAUCGACGAGGCCUUCGGCGUGGCGAAGGUGCACGUCGCGCCGGCCCGCUGCGGCGACGGCGAGGAGCGGCCCGCCCUGCGGCCCAUCGUCAACCUGAUCCCCGCGAACGCGUGCCAGCGCGUCAUCGCGGGGGACACCCCCGUCAUGCCGGCGACGGGGCAGCUGAACGGGCUGGUGCUGGCUCCAGGGGAGCAGCUGCUCUGGAGCGGGGCGGGCCGCAACGCGAACUCCUGCGUCUUCAGGGCGCCCCCCGCCUGGCGGCCCUACAUGGCGCUGGGGCCGCCGGCCCCGCGGCGGCUGGUGGGCGGCAGCGGCGACGGGCUGACCCGCAUCGCACUGAGAGUCAUCGGCGCGGGCUGGAUCAGCGCGGUCGGGGUGACGACGCACCUCCACCGCAACAUGCUGAGGCGGUCGGCCUCAGCCCCCCGCGGGCUGCCGCCUGCGGCCGAGGUGGUGCGCGCCCGCCGCCUGCCCGCGGAGGCCCAGGCAAGCGGCGUCGCGAUGUGGUUCAGCUACGUCGACAACCUCGAGAUCGCGGAGAUCUUGUCGAGUGAGAAGGCCGUCAAGCUGAAGGGGACUAUCCCCGUGCUGCUGAGCCGGGCGUCGGCCAGCUACGAGGAGGCUGAGUCCCCCGGAUCGCCGGGCAAGGAUGUCCACCGUGCCCAGCAGGUUUCCAGUUUGGGGGACCUCGUGGAUGGCGAGGCUGGUGUGCAGCGGCCGCCGCUGGGCUACGUCACGGAGCUCGUGGGCCUGACGCUGUGGUUCCUGGCGAGACCGCUCGCCGCCGCCUUCGUGAACGCGUGGAAGUGGCUGGCGUCGGGCCGCUCGGGCUGGCUCAUCACCCUGGGCGUCGCCGAGGACCUGCUGACCGCGGCCGCGCUUGCGCCGCUCGGCGUGGCGGACAUGCGGCUGACCGUCGACCACCUCGCGACGGCGUCCGACGCCUCGGAGGCCGCGGAGGCGAUCGUCUACCCCCAAGGGCUGUCGGACAUGGGCCGCGCCCUUGCAGCUGGGGGGCCGCGGGCCCUCAACCCGGCCUGCGAGGAGGGCGUCGCGCUGAUCUCCGUCUUCUCGGGGAUCGACGGGGCGCGCCAGGCCUUCGAGAUCCCGGGGCUGGUCCCGGCGGCGCACCUGUCGUUCGAGGUGGGCGCCAAGGCCGUGCGCGUGGCUCGGCGGGCGUACCCCAGCACCGUGCACCUGGGGGGCGGCACGGCUGCAGAUCCUGCGCAUCUGGCAGGCCUCCUGAGGGGCCACGGCCGCAUCACGAAGGUGAUCGUGAUCAAGGGGCCCCCCUGCCAGGGCUUCACGGUGGUGAACGUGGCCCGCGAGGGGAGCGCGGACCCGAGGUCGCAGCUGGCGGGCCACAUGUGGAGGCUCAUCGAGGGGCUGAGGCGCGAGCUGCCCGAGGCCACAGUAGACUUCCUCAGGGAGAACGCGGCGUCCAUGGCAGAGGACGAGGUCCUGGCCUUGAACAAGAUGUUCGGCCGAGUGCUGGUGUCCCUCGACGCCGCGGACCUAGGCUGGGUCCGCCGCCCGCUGCUGCACUGGCCGUCGCGGGACCGGCUGCCCGCCUUCGAGAUGUCGGCCGAGAUGAAGGCGGCGGCGGAUGGGGCCCGGCCGCGGGCCUGCCGAGCGCGGCUGGCGACGGAGCUGCCGCCCGUCUCGGAGUGGCUGCCGCGCGGGGCCUCCUGGCCGGGGGCCGCCGCAGGUGGCCGCCUGCCGACCUUCGCGCGCCGGGCGCUGCGGAGCUCGCCUCGGCCGCGGCCCGCGGGGCUCCGCCAGUGCACGCCGAAGGGGGUGGCGCGCUUGACGGCAGCGAGCUACGCAGCCCCGCCCUACCAGUUUCAGGACUGCUUCUGCCUGCAUUGGGCGGAUGUGCGGAAGGAGCCGCCGCGGGCAGUAGAGCGCGAGGUGCCGAUGGGCUUCAGGCGGGGCCGCACCGUGCCCUGCAUGAGCAGCUCCUCCGCCAAAAGCGACCCCGAGCGCCUCGAGGCCCUGCGGCGGUCGCUCGUGGGGAACUCGUUCCAGUGCGAGGUCGUGGCCUGGUGGCUGAGCCACUGGGCGGUGCACCACUCGACGCUGGUGGCAGUGCCGUCCCUGCGGAGCCUCCACGAGAGCUCGAGGAGCUGUUCGAUGGGCCGCAAGCUCUGGGCUGGCGACGUGGAGACGCUGCGGUGUGGGCGCGAGGCCGUGUGCGAGGAGAACCUGCACCUGGUGGAGGAGGCUGGCCGCACGCCCGCGGCGGGCGCUGGGCAGGAGGCGCGCGCCGUCUACGUCGGCCGCGGCUCGCGCCGCUGGGGGCUCGGCCCCUCCAAGUGGGGGAACCCGUGCCCCGUGGUGCCGGGGCGGCCGGCCGGCGACGCCGUGGCGCUGUUCGCAGGCUGGCUGCGCACCCAGCCCGAGCUCCCGGACCAGCUGGGAGUGCUGGAAGGGGCUCGGCUGCUCUGCCACUGCCCCUCAGGCGAGCCCUGCCACGCGGACGUCCUGCUGGCGGAGCUGGGGCAGCGCGGCAAGGGGUGCUCCCAGCCCUUCCUGGAGCACCAGAGGGUGAUGGUCUCGCUGGUGAUGACGCGCCGCCACUCGGGCGCCGACCUUCAACUGGAUGCCGAUGCAGGGCGUCUGGCAAGAUGUUCCGACGGCAUGAGAUCAGCGCUGGCAUUUGGAAGUGGAAGGUCGCACGCCAGCUCGUUUGCGAGACCAGGUGCCGAGCCAACGCCUCAGAUGCCUGCUCGAGUCGCCGCCGCAAUGGCCAGCUGGGGUCUCGAGCGCAAUGAUGCACUGUCGCUGGACCCUGCCAGCUUUAGAGCGGCACGCUCCCAGCCUUUCACGCCGCUCUUGGGCGUGCCGCUGCAGGCGUGA